AUGCAGGAGGGCGCCAGAAUUGAAAAACUUUGGAAGAACGAAACGUCAAGAUUCGAGAAUCAAGACUCACGAAUCAAGAUAAGAAACCCAAUUUUUGGAUAUCGGGAUGGCGAAAUCUGGAGGUUCAAUUCUUUACUCGAAUUAAUUUUUUGGAUGCUUUGGGCAUUACAAAUGACUUUUACGUUUGUUCGGGAGGUUGUACCAGUUAUAAUUGCUUCUGCGGAAAAAUAAUCAAAGUUGAAACUAUUGAAAUUGUAUCUUGAACUACCGUUACUAAAGAAAGAUCGGAUGGGUUAACAAUCUCAAGUAUUGUUUUUACAGAGUCUUGAUUACAUGCUUCAAAACAUAAUGCAAUAGUUUUAAGUGAUUUUUGUAUGUUUUGGUUUGUAUUAAUAUUUAUUUUGUUUGACUACAAAAUUUAGUGCAUUUAUGUUCUUAUAAAAAUUA